CCGGCUUCAGUUUUCUGUUGCCGCAGAACGGGCGUGUCGGAAAAUAGCUCAGUGCUGCUAUAUUAACUAUAUUAGAAAUACUUUAAGUCAAGUAUACAAAUAAUUUACCUCGAACUUAGUGUGAGACAAGGAAAAUGGCAGCAGAAGGUGGCAAUCCAGGUGGUCUGGCACCAGCAGAGCCCCAGACAGGUCCUGAUGGAGAGAUUAUUGGAGGACCUCGUACACCUCAGCAGAUUGCUGCUCAGAGGAGGCUUCAGCAGACACAAGCACAAGUUGAUGAGGUGGUGGAUAUUAUGAAGUCGAAUGUAGAUAAAGUUUUGGACAGGGACGCGAAGUUAUCAGAAUUGGACUACAGGGCAGAUGCUCUUCAGGAAGGGGCAUCGCAGUUUGAGAGACAAGCUAAGAGUCUGAAAAACAAAUUUUGGUUACAGAAUCUAAAGAUGAUAAUAAUAAUGGGUGUGAUUGGUGUUAUUAUCAUAGGGCUGCUAUUCGUUCGAUACCGAGGUACUGGUUCGUCUUCGGAGGUAACUCCGACGGCCCCGGCUGUCGUGGAUGCCAAUAAUACUGUCGCAGCUGGCACUAAACACUGAAAGUACAUGUAAUGACUUAUUCAUCGCAUCUUUUGGGUUCCACUUCAAAUGGGAAGCAGUCAUCAAUGCAAUUAUUAUUUUUAAAAAAAUGUGAUUAUAUAUGCGUUAACCAAGGAAAUGUCUAUAAAAUUUGAUGUAAAAAUGAUAAGAAUGUAUGUUUGAUAAACAUUUUAAAAGGAAUGUAACACAAUUUUAUUCCAGGAGUGCUCUAUAAACAACGAUUACAAACCGUUGAUAAUGCUGUAAUAUCUUAACUAGUUUUGAAGAGUCUGUCAAAAUUUUGACUGUCAUUUGCAAUUAAAAACGUGUGAAGUAAAUUGAAGCUAUAAUUUGUUUAUCAUACUGUAGAAAAUUUGACUAAAUAUAUCUUCUUUGAGAAAACAGAACCGAAACAAAACGGAUUCGUAUUUACUUUAUACAACAACAAAAAAAAAACACGCAUACAAGAAGACAGAUAGAAUUUAAAAACUUAAACGAUAAUGUGAUGAAAACGAUCUUCCAAAUGUAGUGGAAUCUGUGCGAUACAAUAUUGUAGACGUUGUAACUAUUAAUGAUAUAAAGAAUACAGGUUCAUAUAUAAAACCUGAAAUUGUUUUGUGUAGCUUUAUCUACCCUUAUAAUGUACCCAAAUAUUUAAUAGUUAAACACCAAAAUUAACAGCGAAGGUAAAUUAUAAUUAAGUAGUACCACACCCAGGUGUUAUUGAAAAUAGACAUAGGGAAAUAUCUGAAAGUCAUAUUAACGGAAAAUGUGAUUUUGUUUGUUUAGAAAUAAGUUAAAUGGAAGGAGAGAGAAAUUUAUCCAGUUAAACAACUUUUAAGGUAUAAUGGUUGUAGAACUCAAAUUUCUGAUUACAAUUUAUAUUUUUCGAUAAAUUGAACGGGCCUAAGCGCAACUUGGAUGUUCCUUUACAAUUAGUAUAUUCAGCACAGUCUUUUAUUUCCUUACAAACUCUAUAGUGCUCUUAACACGAUAAAGCAUGAGGAUUGAACAACUUUGUGAAUUGUUUAAGUGAGUAAUUUAAAUGAAAUGAAAUAUACCCAGGCCUUAUGGAAUGUUUAUGAAGUUGUAUCUCAAACUUAGACGGAAUGUUGCUAAAAUUGUAACUGAUAUUUCAUACCUGGGUGGGGUAAAUGCCCCAAUGAAGGCAAGGUUUAAUUAACAAAACAAGAAACUUACGUCUCCUGUUUAAGGUUUUAGUGCAUUGAUUUAAAAAUUAGUGCUUUUAUUGUAGUAGGUGUUGAAAUAUAUUUAAAUGUAAGAACAAUUUUUGGCGGAUACUUAUUUUGUAUUCAGAGUUUAAAAGCUGUCAUACUUUUAGCGUCUUAACAAGUCAAUUGCAACUGUGCAAAAAAUUUAUGAUUUUGCUAAAAUAUAGUCAAUUAUCUAUAAUAAUAUAUGGAAUAUAUCUUCGAUCUUAAUAGGUGCUUAUGUAUCUACAAAAUAAAAUGUCUUAGUAUUUUUUUAGGUUUUACAAAUAACAGAAGUGAAUGAAAUAACUUUACAGUUUGCUGUCAUCUGAAUUUUACCUAUUUACAGUAAAAUUUAAAACAUCGAGUAAAACGAAUCUUUUUUUUUUAACUAAUCUCACUGUAUUACUUUCUGUUUUGGCAACAUGAAAUGUUUCGGUUACAAAAUUGCUUGAAAAAUUUGUAGCAACAUUUCAAUACUUAACAAAAAAACAUUUUCUAAUAGUAUUUCGUACAUAUGAACCGUAAACCGUAAAGUUUUAAUGAUCUUGAAUAUUUUAUUGACUAAGAAUACAAAGUGGUGCCAUUGACAAUAUUAGUUUGUUAUUUAAAACGUGUGUGAUACUUGAUAAUUAUUCGAAUUUCAAGGGUCGAAACAUUUAAAAUGUGCGUUCUCAAAGCUGGCAUUCUGUAAACGAACGUUCCCGAUUACCUUAAACCAAUUCGUUCUAUUUGUUGUCACUCAAAGGUAAAAUAAAAUAAAAAUAAAAAACUUCAGAUGUGUCAAGGGACACCCGGAUGGAACGAAGUUUCUUUCGAUUAAUUAGUGAAGGAAUUGUAAUUUUUUUUUUAAGUUAUAAUAAUAAAUUACGGCAUUAUGAAGAAGAAAAAAACAAUACUAUGAACUAAAUUACUAUUGUUGAAACGCUAUCUCGAGAAACUGUACUCAUUACGCGGACCAAUCGGAUACGAGCAAUGUCACGCGAUAAGCGCCUACACGUUGAUUGGUCAGAAUGACGGAUCUAAAAAGUGUCGUGACAACUUUUCGUAAGAUUUUUUACCGUCUAGCCCCCUUUCACAACGCGCGAUAAGGAACUUCGUUCCAAAAGUGCGUGCGUACAAAAAAGUGCGUGCGUACAAAAUACACAUGUCAGAAGUGAAACUUUUUUGGGGAACUAAUUUAUAAGUCUUGCUUAUAUUUAUACAAAUCUAAAACCUUAGAUUUCCGAGACUUAGAGGAAGGGAAAAAGGAAGUUAAGUUCCCGCCAAAAGUCUGUCAAAUGUCAAUCUCAAACCUCAGUGUUGACAGUCACAUUAUGUUUAGAUUUCUAAAUUGUAAAUGACUAAUAUUUUGCCAAUUGAAUUGACUAAUUUAAUUUCAUGCUAUUUGAUUAAUGUUCCAAAUUCUUUUCAUUUUAUUUCAAUUCCUAUUAAUAUUUUUCACAAAAAAAUAUAAAAAAAUAUUAGGCUGUAUGGUAUGAUACAUUUGCCUUUCCAGUUGGAAAAAUACAACAACUACUACUACUGACAUUUGACAAGUACUUAAUUUCAAUAGUAGUUUGAUGUCACUUCUGUUGCAUACCUGCGUGACGUUCUGUAAAAAUUUUACCCUCAUGCGCCUAAAGAAGUUUCACUUCAAUAAUAAAAUCAGAUAAAAGAUAAAAGGACGAUGUUGUUCUCUCUAGAGUGACUUGUCUUCGUCCUAUAAACAUCUAUUACGUUUGUUACUAUCGAAAAAUGAAAAUUUUAAAGAGGCAUGUCACACUUUACAUUGUAUAAUAAAUAAAAACAGCGCUCUCGUCUAGUUUUCUCUUCACGAGAAUUCCGCUAACAGAUGCUCAGACAUGUUCAGAGUUGAUGCUUAUAGUCGAAUGUUAAUUUCCGACAAAUGCUUGUCGCGAAGACGAAACUUAAUCUACUUUAAAUUAAAUUAUAAAGUGUAUGAACAUUAUCUGUAUUGUUUGAUUCUUAUUAAAAGUUUUAAAAUUA